UCUUGUAACUGCGGGUGGUGGCAGCGCCAUUUUGAACGUGCAGCUACCGCGGCGGUGAUCCUCACCAGGCAGAGCAGCGCGCUAAGCGACUUGGUCGUCUUCUUUGACUUUUUCCUUCUAUAUUCCGUAUUUGUAGGUAUAUAUAGAGAUACGGCUGUAGCUCUAGAAUUAUAUCCGAAAUCUGAAUUGAACUAAGAUGAUGUUAAGGGGAAACCUGAAGCAAGUACGCAUUGAGAAAAACCCGGCCCGCCUUCGAGCUCUUGAGUCUGCCGCAGGCGAGAGCGAGCCAUCGGCCGCCAUGGCCCUCGCGCUGGCGGGGGAGCCGGCGCCACCUGCCCCGGUGGCUCCGGAGGACCACCCCGAUGAAGAGAUGGGAUUCACCAUUGACAUCAAGAGCUUCCUCAAGCCGGGCGAAAAGACGUACACGCAACGCUGCCGCCUCUUCGUGGGGAACCUGCCCACAGAUAUCACGGAAGAGGACUUCAAGAGGCUCUUCGAGCGCUACGGCGAGCCCAGCGAGGUCUUCAUCAAUCGGGACCGUGGCUUCGGCUUCAUCCGUUUGGAAUCCAGAACACUGGCUGAAAUUGCAAAAGCAGAGCUGGAUGGCACCAUUUUGAAGAGCAGACCUCUCCGAAUUCGUUUUGCUACACAUGGAGCAGCCCUCACUGUCAAGAACCUUUCGCCGGUUGUUUCCAAUGAGCUGCUAGAGCAAGCAUUUUCCCAGUUUGGUCCUGUAGAGAAAGCCGUUGUGGUUGUGGAUGAUCGUGGUAGAGCUACAGGAAAAGGUUUUGUAGAAUUUGCAGCAAAACCUCCUGCACGAAAGGCUCUGGAAAGAUGUGGUGAUGGGGCGUUCUUGCUAACAACGACCCCUCGUCCAGUCAUUGUGGAGCCUAUGGAGCAGUUUGAUGAUGAAGAUGGCUUGCCAGAGAAGCUAAUGCAGAAAACCCAGCAAUAUCAUAAGGAAAGAGAACAGCCACCACGUUUUGCUCAACCUGGAACCUUUGAAUUUGAGUAUGCAUCUCGAUGGAAGGCUCUUGAUGAAAUGGAAAAGCAGCAGCGUGAGCAAGUUGAUAGAAACAUCAGAGAAGCCAAAGAGAAACUGGAAGCAGAAAUGGAAGCAGCUAGGCACGAACACCAAUUAAUGUUAAUGAGGCAAGAUCUCAUGAGGCGUCAAGAAGAACUCAGACGCUUGGAGGAACUCAGAAACCAAGAGUUACAAAAACGGAAGCAAAUACAACUGAGACAUGAGGAAGAGCAUCGACGCCGUGAGGAAGAAAUGAUCCGACACAGAGAACAGGAGGAACUGAGGCGACAACAAGAGGGCUUUAAGCCAAAUUAUAUGGAAAAUAGAGAACAGGAAAUGAGAAUGGGUGAUAUGGGUCCCCGUGGAGCAAUAAACAUGGGAGAUGCAUUUAGCCCAGCACCUGCUGGUAACCAAGGUCCUCCUCCAAUGAUGGGUAUGAAUAUGAACAACAGAGGAACUAUACCUGGCCCACCAAUGGGUCCUGGUCCUGCCAUGGGACCAGAAGGAGCUGCAAAUAUGGGAACUCCAAUGAUGCCAGAUAAUGGAGCAGUGCACAAUGAUAGAUUUCCUCAAGGACCAUCAUCUCAGAUGGGAUCACCUAUGGGGAGUAGAACAGGUUCUGAAACCCCUCAAGCACCAAUGAGUGGUGUAGGUCCUGUUAGUGGUGGUCCUGGUGGUUUUGGUAGAGGAAGCCAAGGGGGCAACUUUGAAGGCCCUAAUAAGCGUCGUAGAUAUUAAACAUUAUUUCAUUCCUGGCUACUAAGAGAAAAAAAACCUCAGUGGUAUGCCUUUACACUUUUACUUGUUACCUGGAAGAAAUGGUUUUAUUGUUAAUGUAUGUAGACUUUAAAGUUUUUUUUUGUAAAACUUGAGGUUUUUGUAUUUUUCUUUAUUCAUACAUAACCUUUGUAGAUUAGAAUGGUAAUGAUGAUGCUCAUCAUUGUGAAUGUUAAAAUGUGUUUGUGACUUUAGCUAAAUAUACAUAUGCCAUAGAACUGUGAAGUCUGUGUAGUUACUUAAUCUUAAUAAAGAAAUCAUUUUGGAUAAUUUACAAAUGUUAUUAGUAGUAUUCUCUCAUAGUUUUACUAAACUUUGCUGUAACAGUAAUACUUUGGUUGCUUUAAUUAAUCCCAAUGAUUUAAAAAUGAAAAUGAUUUUCUCCUUUUUAGUUUUUGCAAGUAGCACUGAAGAUAGAAGCUUAGUGAACAAGCUAAUGUCAGUAAGGGGUGGAUAAAAAUAGUACGUUGGGGAGGGAUGUGGGAAUGGGUUUACAUUUGUAUAAAACCAUGAUGUUCUUUCUGUGAAAUCAGAGUUGCUGUCUACAUUUCAUAUAGAUUCUGAAUAUUCAAAUAUUCUGAGAAGGAAUAUUAAGGAUAUCUUUGUCCUGUGCUGAUUUUUUCAAAUAAACCUUUUGAAUCUUGGAAAAAAAAAAACUGUUUGGAGGCAAAUCUCUUUUGCUUUUAAAAUUAUGCCUAUUUGUAAUCUUAUCUGCCAUUAUUUGGUGUCCGUAUCUAGAUCUUACCCUUUUAAUUUUCUUUUAAAAUAAAAAAAUACUGUUAGGUUGGAUUUUAAAAGAGGAUUUGGUGUGGUUUAGAAUUGGUUAUUUCUUGAGAGUGUUUACAGAAGUAUUAAAGAUGGAUUAACUUUGUGGUGUUGUAAAUAUCAUCCUAUAGUUAAGUCCAGUAAACUUGUCUGACAGGCCAGUUGUGUUUGUUUCCAAGGAAUACAGUUCAAGUGGUGAUUUAAAAAAGAAAAAAUUAAUUUGAGAAUGGCUGAGAUCAUUGUAUCAGAUUAGUUCCCUCUACUGUCAAAUAGGUAUUUUGAAGUUUGAUUUUCAGUACUAGGAAUAAACUGGUUUUUAUCCCAUUAUAAUUGUUAUUCUAAAACAAAGUCCUUGUUAUAUUUAAAGUUUUGUAUGUUAGCCAUGUUUAAUUUAAAAUUAUGUUUAAGGAAUUAUAUAUUUACAUUAAGCCACAAAUCUGAUGCAUCAGCUAUUGAUUAUAACAUAGUUAUUUCUCACAUUUUAGUGUGUUACUGUAUCAUGCUUUUAGCAUUUUUAUGAAAACUAUUCUGUUUUAAAAUGAACAGUAUGUAAAAAUUAACUUGUUUUUGCAUGGUAUUUGUUUAUGCUGGAAGGCAUACUUUGUAAAAAAAUAAAUUCGGUUAAUUUAAAAUCUUGCAUAAAAGCAGUUGUGAAGCAAAAUUGAGAUGCAUUCUUUUGUAACAUUUUUCUUUUGUACUGUUUCACAUAUUUUUUAAACACAUCUGUAUGGAUAGAAUUAUUUUCUAAAAUUUGCAGUAUUCAUAGGCUUUUGUUUUUUGGCAAAUACUUGAAAACACGAUUUGGAAGUUGUAAGUAAUAGUCAAAAAAGAUUGUUCUCAUCACAUUUUCCACGUGUAUGAUGAGUUGACAGGGAGUGGAAUUUAAUUAGUUGCAGUGUAGGGAGUUUUAACAUUAACUAUAAUUUUUAAAUGAUACCUAUUGCACCUAAAUAUACCUUUCCCAUCAUCUUUAUUUUUAUUCAUAUAAUCCCAGGUAAUUGCUAGCUUUGUAUUUUGCUUCAAAACUGAAUUAAGAGUGGGAAAGACUUGAUCCUUUGAUGUUAAUACCAAGCUGUCUUUGGCCAAGGCUGUGAAAUUCUGUAACAUUGAUUCAAGAACAUUUGAAAGCCAGUACACAAAGAGAUGUCCUUAUCUCCUGAAUGUUCUAGUGUCCGGCUCAACUCUGGCUCCAAGAAUAAAGUUCUACACAGCUUUUUCCCUGCAUCAAGAAAACCUUUGUUCCAGUAUUUACCAAGUUUACCCUGGGAACAGUCAGCUUCUGAGUGACAGUCAAGUGGAGCAUCUGUGAAUCCCCAGUUACUCAGUUUUUAGUGUUUUUGUAUGAACAACUUUGUGGCUGGUUCAGUCAGUAUUUUUUCUUGUGAAUUAGUAUACAGACUGAGGAAGAUAUUUGAAUAUCAUUUGCUUAAAAGCAGUAGAUAUAAAAAUAAAUAAUAUUAGCUUUUCUAA